GAUCCAUUUGAAGGGCGUGGUCAUUUCCGACUAUUCCUAUGAACCAUCGCACUACAGCUGCAUCCGCAGUCUCGGUGAGUGGCUGUCCUCUCAGGGCAUCCCGGGUAUCUAUGGAGUGGAUACUCGCGCCAUCACCAAAGUGAUCCGCGAAAGUGGCUCAAUGCUGGGGAAACUGGUAGUGCAAGGGAGCACACCUUCAGUAAACUUGGAAAUUGAUGACCCGAACCACCGGAACCUGGUAGCAGAAGUCUCAAGGAAGGAGAAGGAAGUCUUCGUGCCUGUGGAAGCAUCGAAAAAACAGGUUCAUGUCUUGGCCGUGGAUUGCGGUAUGAAGAACAACAUCAUCAGGUACCUGGUCAACGGGCUUGGGCUGCGAGUCACUGUGGUGCCGUGGGACUAUGACUUCACGCAAGAUUCCUUCGAUGGGUUAUUUCUUUCCAACGGCCCAGGCGACCCCACGAUGUGUGCCAAGACUGUGGAGCAUGUGAAGUAUGUCAUGAAGCAUCGACCUGACACACCAAUUUUCGGCAUUUGCUUGGGAAAUCAGAUCUUGGCGUUGGCAGCUGGGGCCUCUACCUACAAGAUGAGGUUUGGGAAUCGUGGCAUGAACCAGCCGGUGGUCGAUCUCCGAACCCAGCGCUGCUACAUCACCGCCCAGAACCAUGGCUUUGCCGUGGACCAAACUACGUUGCCACAGCACUGGGUUCCGCUCAUGGACAACUGCUAUUGGCUGAGAUGGAACGUCAAUGCCAACGAUGGAACCAAUGAAGGCAUCAUUCACUCCUCCAAGCCGUGGUUCUCUGUGCAAUUUCAUCCAGAAGCGAAAGGCGGUCCAACGGACACGGAUUUCCUGUUCAACUACUUUCUGCAAUUCAUUGCUGAACCAACUGCUUCGGUGGUGACCACAAUGCCAUACUCACUGCCAACUCUGUACCGCAAAGUCUUAGUGUUGGGCUCUGGCGGACUGACCAUUGGACAGGCAGGAGAAUUUGACUAUUCUGGAAGUCAGGCCAUCAAGGCACUCAAGGAAGCUGGCGUGAUGUCGAUUUUGAUCAACCCCAACAUUGCCACAGUUCAGACAUCCGCCGGAAUGGCCGACCGUGUGUACUUUCUGCCAGUGACUCCAGAAUUUGUGGUCAAAGUCAUUGAGCGUGAGAAGCCUGAUGGCAUUUUUGCAGCCUUUGGUGGGCAGACGGCCUUGAACUGCGCGGUGAAGUUGUACCAAGCAGGGGUCUUCGAAAAGUAUAACGUCAAGGUACUUGGAACUCAGAUCGAUGCCAUCAUGAAGACAGAAGACCGAGAUCUCUUCAGCAAGGUGGUCGAUGCCUGUGGUGAGAAAAUUGCUGAAAGCUCAUGCUGCGACUCUGUUCCUGAUGCUGUCAAAGCAGCUGAAAAGAUCGGAUACCCUGUGCUGGUCCGGGCAGCCUAUGCACUUGGUGGUUUGGGCAGUGGCUUUGCAUACAACGAGGAGGACUUGAAAAAGCUGGUGAAUGUGGCGCUGGUCAACAGCCCACAGGUUAUCAUCGACAAGUCUUUGAAGGGUUGGAAAGAACUCGAGUACGAAGUCGUGCGGGACAAGAACGACAACUGCAUCACUGUCUGCAACAUGGAGAAUUUCGACCCAAUGGGUGUCCACACAGGUGAGUCCAUUGUGAUUGCACCUUCGCAGACUUUGAGCAACGAUGAGUACUACCGGCUGCGCCAAUGUGCUCUGAAGAUCAUCCGACAUCUUGGAAUCGUGGGCGAGUGUAACAUCCAAUAUGCCGUGGAUCCUCACAGCUCAGAGUUCCGCAUCAUCGAGGUGAACGCGAGGCUCUCCCGUAGCAGUGCCUUGGCAUCCAAGGCCACCGGAUAUCCUUUGGCUUAG